GGUGAAAAGCCAAGUCCUUUUAAGGCUCCCAGGAGUCAGGAGAUGGUGAAAUUGAGAAAAGCUGUUGAGGCUGGUGAUGCUGAAUAUUUUGGUCAGUGUGUGUGGACAAACCCUCGUUUUCUGAUUAGCAGUGGUGACACACCAGCUAUUGUACAGGAGGGAUUUCGAUACAAUGUUCUUCAUGUUGCUGCUAAAAGUAAACAAGGUGCCAUGUGUCAGCUUAUUUUGAGUACCAUUGAAGACCAGAAAUUUAUGAAACUUCUAUACUCAGAUGAUUCAGAGGAUAUUCGUCAGCAACGAAUAAUCUUCCUGAUAGAUCUUUACCUCAACACACCUGAUAGAGGGAUGUGUGAAACCCCACUUCACUUUGCAUGUAAAUUUGGAUGUUUAAAGGCUGCAGAAGUUUUAGUUAGUCAUCCAUCUUGUGAUCUCAAGAGGUUAAACAAGUAUGGGCAGACAGCAAGAGAGAUAAUUUGUGACAGAUGUGUAGGAGCUCCCACAGAACUCAAAAAACAGAUUGAAAAUUUGUUUGAAAUGAGAUAUUUUGUACCUGUUUUAAGAUCUGAAGAUAAUUCCAUCCAGCCAGUGGUUGGAGAACCCUGGUCACCUGACCACACCACUGAUGAUCUCUAUUCCCUUUCUAGUCCCAGUAGUCCAAAAGAUCCUGUUCUAAAUGUGAAAGCAUAUGCUGGGCCUAUGUCUCCCACACAGGCCGAAUUGUUUUAUAAGAAAUGGAAAACGCCUCCUUUAUUGCGUGGAGAUAAUGUGGAUGUGAAAGUUUUGCAUCACAUUCGUCUCACGGACCCUGAAAAAGGGUUAGAAAGAGUUGGACGAGAUCUGGCCAAGCAUAUGAAGGUGAUGUGGUCAGAGUAUUGGUUAUUUUUAGAUUCUUGGUGUGAUUUAUCAUCUCAAAAAGGAUUGAAAAAACUAGAAGAUCAUCUAAAGAAGAUGUAUAGACAGGUGGUUAAUGAAGUUAACAGAGAAAAAUCUGGUGAUAUUUGUGUGACACCCAAUAUGAACAUUCUACAACUUUCACCUCAGUUUCAAGAAACUUCUUCGCCUGAUGAAUCUGAAUGCUUAAACUCAUCAAAAAGUACAGAUAGUAGCUUAAGUCCAAUAUCCAAAUUGUGUCAGACACUCCAAAAGUUUCAUAUGACCAGCCCCGAGUCCUGUGUGACCAGUCCCGAUACUCCAUCUCUGUUCAGCAGGUCUCCAAUACCUGAUUCAUCUGAAGAUGAUGAAACACGAGACUUCUCGGAAAUAACUAAGACUUUACAGUUUGACACUCCUGAUCCUCACCACAGAAAGGGUAAACUAACCCAUCAGCUUCAAGAAGAAGAAAGGUGUGGUGAAAAAACAGAAAAGGAAGAAAACAGCUUAUUAGAGCCUAACACGGAGGUUGCUUUGUUUACAUUAUGUGAUAAUGGUGUACAUGAAGAACAGGACUGGUAUCACUUAUCCAUGUGUAAUAUUAUAGCAGAAAGACUAUCAUUGUGUAUCUCAGACUUAUUGUCUGUCAGUCAAGAACUCUAUGCUAACAGCUUUUGGCUUGAACAGUUUAUAGUGGAUAGAAUGAUGACUGAUGUUGCUGGUCUAUUAAGUGCAGUAUUGUCUGCUUCUAAUACCCCCUCACAAAAGUACUUAUCAGCCUUGCACCCUUUAAUAUCAAAGAAAACGCGUGACAUCAUCAGAAGUAAUCUUCUCGAUCAUGAAGUUAUGAUUGUGGCUUCUAUUUUAAAGUCUUGCUGGAAUUGCCAACCAGAUUUCUCUUCAUCUGAUGAUGAAGACCUUGGUGUCUUGUAUUCACGUAGAUGUAGAAAAAACAAAAGAAAUGACACAGUUACCUCAAAGAAACAUGUGAGAUGUAUACUGAACAUUCUGAAAGGGGAUUUAUGUGAUGAACAUGACUCUAGGAAGUGCGUAUGUGAAUGGUUUCUUGUUUCUUCAGUUAGUGAUUCAAACAAAACAAAGUCAUUGGAAGAACUUCAACAUUUAAUAAGCAAAGACAGCAGAAAGGAUAAAUACAUUAAGACCUCUACAACGGCUGUUAACUUUGUAGUAAAUGAUCCUCCAGAAGAAAAACACAAAAGUGUUUAUGAAGGUAUAGAUCGUGUCCUGAACACUGAGUCUAAGAAUUCGUUAGAUUUUCCAUCUGAUAAUUAUACAGAAGACUGCUUUGCUGAAAAUGAAGAUGAAUCAGACGAUGAGGAUGUCUUUUUCACUCCACCCAGUAGCUGCCAUUCAACAUGCUCGAGUAGUCCAGAAGAACUUGUUACACCAGAAGAAGCAAUAGAAGUUUAUGUUGAAGGGUGCAUGCCUUCCAAGUUAGAUGUCGAUGUUCUUCAUGCGUUACAAGAUACUAAUGUUGAUCCACUUCUUUACCCUUAUAUCAGCCAGUGGAAAAACCUUGUCAGUUCUUUUUCAAAGGAUAUUGUUGAAAGUUGGCCUAGUCCCACAAACCCAAGAUAUGGACAUUGGAAAACUGUUUUCUCUCCAGUUGUUUCUACCCCUCAUUCUGCUCUAGUUGAUUCUAACUUCAAAAGACAAUAUAGGCAAAAUAGUCCAAUAUCACUAACUCCAAAUAAACAGCUUACAGUGCCGAACCAACGUAUCCAUAAUACUGCAGCCAUCAUCGCCCAGCCUCGUAACCUGUACGAAAGUUUCCUUGGGUGGGAGGAGACAAGUGGAGAUUGAAGUCAUCUUUUUAAUUUUUUUUUAAAUGCCAGAAGCAAUGAUUUUGUGAUUUGGAUAUAUGCUUACAAAAAUGAAUAUCUUUGAGCAACCUUCAGAGACCAACUAUUGUAUCCCUUAAGUUUUUACCUUCAGAGGCCAACUAUUGUAUCUUUAAGUUUUCCUUUGAACACAAUACUUUGGGCAACCUUCAGAGACCAACUAUUGUAUCCUUUAAGUUUUUCCUUUGAACACAAUACUUUGGGCAACCUUCAGAGACCAACUAUUGUAUCCUUUAAGUUUUUCCUUUGAACACAAUACUUUGGGCAACCUUCAGAGACCAACUAUUGUAUCCUUUAAGUUUUUCCUUUGAACACAAUACUUUGGGCAACCUUCAGAGGUCAACUAUUGUAUCCUUUAAGUUUUUACCUUCAGAGGCCAACUAUUGUAUCCUUUAAGUUUUUCCUUUGAACACAAUAUUUCAGAUACUACAAAUUUUGCUAAUGCUAUGUUGUUUUCUCUUUAUCUGGUCAUUGUGUUAUGUGCAUACAGAGCUCCAUUUCAGCUCCUGUUAGUUCAGAUUCUGAUGAAUCCUGGGAGAAAUGGUUCGCUUAGGUUGAUGAUUCACACUAAAGCAUCCUCAAACUUCUUAUUUUAAUAUUAUUUUCCACAAGUUGGAAAAAAUCUUACACUCUAAAGGAUUGUUUGCUUGUCUCUGGCAUAUUGUAGGUUUUCUGGAACUUUCAAACUGUUCUUGAGCAGGAUGGUUAUCUGUGAAUGGAGUUUUAAGUUUUAGAGAAAGAACAUAUAAUGGCAUAAUACCAAGUUCGUGUCUCCACUGCUCAAGCUUCUGUAAAUAAGCAGCCAACUGAUAUGGAGAUGGAUAUCUCUCCACAACAUUUUUUUUGCCAAUUUUCUCCUUUUAAAAUGUAUGUAAAGUGGAUAUAAGAAUAUUAAAGUUUACCAUUGCACAACACACUGAUAAUUCACUUGCUAACACCCUAUUUCCUUCAUCUGGCCUUUGUGAUCUUCACCUCUAAAAGUCUUUUGUAACUUUGAACUCUCUUCCCCUAUGGAAACCAAUCCUUUAUAGAUCAACGUCUGUAACAAUAAAAGAACUGUUUAUCAGUGCCAAAAAAGUUCUGUAAUUGAGCAAGAAUGAAAUAAAUAGCUGUGGCCCAGAUUCACAAAUAGAAAGUUGUACAAUAGUAUCUAAUGAUCCUAACAUAAAACUUUUGAGUCUACAACCUGUCACAAGCUCUUUUGUAAGUUUUAUCAAUUCUUUUGGUCCAUAACAAAAUUUUGACUCUAGUCUCUACUUGUAUGCUUACUCUUGUGUGCCAAACAAUAACUGUCUUACCUAUAUUUUUCUAGUAAAUUUUCCUAAUCCAGUACAGCAAAACUAUGUUGUCAUAAAAAAUACAUUUCAUUAUAAUAGUGAACAUUAUGGUCUGAUAUUGCUAGGUAAUUGAAAUAAGGUAGAUACAAUAUAUCAAAUCACCAAAGAAGUACUAUUUAAAAUUCAUUUAGAGUGGGUAGUGGUGGAGAUUGGAAAUGCUUAGGUUUCCAUAAGUAUUUAAUCCAGCCAUGUCUUGAGGUUAUCAGCCUUACAUGAUAGUGUUUCAUAACUUUCAUGUAAAGCCAAGUUGUUUUUAGUUUGAUAUUAAUAUCUUCAACUAUCAUAUCAAAGCUAUUUGUAGUUAGGUCAUUUACUGCUGUUUAUCAUUUUUCUGUUUUUAACUCUGGCUUAUUCUUGGAUCUUAGGGAAAUUUUGUUUGCCUUAUUUUUGCCUCCAGUGAUUUUACCUUUUUCGUCAGGUAUUUGUUUGGGAUUUACACAUAAUUUUUAUGGAUACAGGUCUUGUACUAUGAUUACAUGCAACAGUGUAAAUCAAAAACUCUUAUCCACCCAAUGAAUGAAACAAUUUACUUGGAAGAGACUUUUAGCAUGAGUUUCUUUCACAAUUUCAGGAUUUUUUUUUCUUUAUAAAACAUUUUAUAAAGUAAAUGUAAUUUACAAACUUUUAUUGUACUUUUUCUUAUACUUCCUUUUUUUUUUUUGUGCUGUUUGAUAAUGUGUAAAUAAUUGUCAUGAGAGUGUAAUACUAUUAUACAACAAACUUUAUUAUACACUCAUUCUUUAAACCACAUGGCUGUUUGAUUUAAAUCUAGACUUUUCAACCAAUAUUUAACAUUUCCACACAUAGAUGAAUAUAGUAUUGGAAGUAAUUAUGAGAAGAGUGAAUAAAAUAGGUAUGAACAGCAAAUGUU